UAUACAGAUAAUUAAGCAAUUAUGAAUAAGUAUCAUCAAUUUAAUAUUACAUUAAUGUAAUGAUCAUAAAUUUCUUUUUGUUUCAGUUAAUUUUGAAGAGAUACAUAUUAUAGCAAAUGCGUUUUUAUUAUAUUUUGCUAGUUUUGAGACAACUGCUAUAACUAUGUCAUUUUGCUUGUAUCAACUUGCACUCAAUAAAAAUAUCCAGGAGCAUGUCCGCAAAGAAGUUUUUCAAGUCAAAAAAAAAAACAAUGGAAUUUUAAACUAUGAAUUUCUUGGAGAACUUCAUUACUUAGAAAUGGUCAUACAUGAAACUUUGCGAAUGUAUCCUCCGUUUGAAAUAUUGAGAAAUACCACAAAAUCGUAUCAAAUACCAGACGAAGAUUUCGUUAUAGAAAAAAAUACAAAAAUAGUGAUAUCUGCAUAUUGUAUUCAUAUGGAUCCAAAGUACUAUCCUGAUCCAAUGAAGUUUGAUCCAGAGCGAUUUUCUCCUGAAGAAAAAGCUAAACGUCCUAAUAGUACUUUUCUACCUUUUGGAGUCGGCCCUCGUAUAUGUUUAGGUAACAGAUUUGCCAUAAUGGUUUUGAAAGUAGCUAUUUCGCAAAUUUUGAUGAGAUACGAGAUACUUCCAUGUGAAAAAACGCCAAUACCAAUGAAAUUGGAUACGCGUUCAUUUAUUAUGAGAUCAAAAAAUGGAAUGUGGUUAAAUUUUCAACCUAUAGAAUGAUAAUGAAAUACAAUUUUUAAUUUUUUUAAUUUUUAUUUUUAUCAAAUAUGAAGAAUUUUAGUACAUUAUUUUUAGCCCUUUUUAAAAAAAAAAUUUGAUGGGUCGAUUACAAUUUUAGAGUACUUCAUAAGUUACAAGUAUUUAAACACUGUAGUAUUAAAUAAUACAUAUACUCAAUAAAAACAUAUCACCAAAUCAGUUUUCUCCGUGGAUAAGAUGAAUAAAAAAAAUAAUACUCUUAUACAAAAUUCAACCACCCACCUACGCAUUCCACAAAACACUCACGUAAAAGAUUCUAUCACAUUGAUUAAUCAAAUCCAACAAAAAAAUAUCUUAAGAAUUUCACCAGAGAUCGCUAUUCUAGUUUUGUGUCUAUAAAAAAGCCAUUUUUUCAACGUAGCCAUUCUCUCUACUCUUCCUAGUCAAUGUUUACACACAUGGAAUCUGCGUCGAUAUAUGGUUCGCUCUUAGUUAUAAUUCUAUAUCAUAUCUACACCAUUUUACAUUUCAUUUUUAGUCGCUCGGACUUAGAAGAAUUAUUAUUCAUUUUAUUUUCGGCCGAACGCACUUUUUGGUGAUACAAACAUUUCAUCACAUAAAACAUAUUGGUGUUUGAUUUAUUUAUGAUAUUACGACAGACACAGAUAGCUGAUAACUCUGUAUACUAUCUCAGAAUAUUAUAAUUAAAGUAUUUAACAUUUAACGUGACAUUCGGAGGAAUUUGCUGUCUCAACAGUCACCCAUUGUAUUUCGUAAUCGCUACUAAAAAUUUAUACUUACGGAAGUAAAACAUCAUUGAGUAAAUUGAAAAUUUCAAACCUUAAGUCGUAUAACGCUGGCGUCAGCGAGCGUUUUUCUCGAAAACGAUCGAAAUUUUAUAACCUUCGCCGGCGAGCGGCAAAAAUUUUCCGACCUUCGCCAAUAAUUUUCCCGCAGUCUGGUGACCGAGUACUUUCGUUGAAAAAAAAAAUUUUGAAAAUCUGAGCACGCUAAGUAAUUUUCCCAGAAAAGCGUUUUUUUCCUUGUUUUAUUAUAGAAUAAGAUAAUUAAAAGAAUUUCUAAUCUGUGUAUAAUUAAGGAAAUAGAAGUUGAUGU